AUGGCUCCAAUAUCUGAUGAAUACUUGUCGCAGGCUCAUGCUCUACUGAAAAGAGUCCCGUUGGUCGAUGGACACAAUGACUUUCCCUACAUGAUUCGAGGAUGGUUUGGAAAUAACUUUGAACUCUUCCAUCCUGGGAUUCAUAAUAUGCCUAUUGGCCAAACAGACCUAACACGAUUAAGAAAGGGCCUCAUUGGUGGACAAUUCUGGAGCGCUUUCAUCCCAAUUCCAAAAACCAAUGAUACACUCGGCAAGCUUGAGUGUCUGAUGAAGACUUUGCAGCAGAUUGACACCAUUCAUUUAAUGAUUGAGAACUUUUCUGAUCAUUUCGGGGCGGUAAACUCAUCAAAGGAUAUUGAAACAAUUUUUAAAUCAGGAAGGAUUGCUAGUUUGAUCGGUGUUGAAGGACUGCAUCAGAUUGCUGACAGUGCUUCCGUUCUGAGGCUGUUCCACAAACUUGGUGUCAGAUAUAUCACUCUCUGUCAUGAUGACGAUAAUCGAUACGCUGAUUCCUCGAACGGAAAGAGUACAAAUGGUGGUUUAUCCAGCUAUGGCCUGGAUAUGAUACGUGAAAUGAACCGCAUUGGCAUGAUAGUCGACUUGUCGCAUACAACUACAGAAACUCAAAAACAAGUUUUGAGUGUCUCUGAAGCCCCAGUCAUUUUCUCUCAUUCCUCCUGUAACUCGCUACUACCCAGUCCUCGUAACGUCACAGAUGAGAUCCUAGAUCUUUUAAAGACAAACAACGGCCUUAUAAUGAUCUGCUUUCUCCCUGACCUUGUCAGCGCCAACGGAGUCCAGGGGGCUAUGAUCGAUCAGGUCAUUGACCACAUCAUAUAUGCAGGUCGAAGGAUAGGCUUCGAGCAUGUUGGCAUUGGCUCUGACUUCGAUGGUAUGUUAGAAGGUCCAAAAGAUUUAGAUGAUGUGUCUAAAUACCCGAAGCUUGUUGAAAAGCUUUUCGAGCGUGGACUCUCAGAAGAUGUUGUCGCACAAACGCUUGGUGGCAAUGUAAUUCGGGUUCUAGGUGAGGUGGAAGCCGUGUCAAGAGAGCUCAAAGGCCACGUACCUGUAUUAUCGGAUCCGAUAGAGGAAGUAUGGACAUCAGAACAGAAAGAUAUACUGACUAGGAUGGGAACGUUAAGGAGUUCUCGGGGUUCUGGUACCAACUUGGCCCUUUAA